AUGAUAAAAAAAGUUGAGGAAAAAGUUGAUGAAGAAAAAAAAUUAAUGAUGAUAAACGAUACGAUUUUGCCGUGCGAUAAAAAAGUUUGUCUGUUUGAAGUUCGCUCUUUAAGGAUGUCUACGAUAUUAGACGCUUUUGCUCCACUACAAUUAAGUUCAAAGAUUUGUGGAUAUUCAGUUUAUACAUUCAAUCAUUUAGAAUUGAAAAUAAAUUACAGAAUCAGUGAUGUAAUUUUUAUGUUUUGGAAUGUUGCUAACAUUUGUGCAUUGGGUUACUUUCUGAGAGAAAGCGAACAUCAUGUGCCUUUGAUUGUUCUUCAAUCUGGUAUUAUUUCAAAAGCUAUACCACUAGUUUUGUUUGGCAGUUACAUAGUUUACAUUCUCUCAUGCAUUGGAUCAAUUUUCUCCCAGUCAAAACAAUCACUAUUGAUUAACUUCAUUUUGCAAAUUGAUGAAAUGCUUUCAUUUACGAUCCUCAAACAGCUAACUCUUGGUUUUGCAACUCAUGAAAUGAAGAAUGUGACAAUGAGCUUAAUGGGGAAUGCAUUCGUUUACUUUUGGAUUACCGAAAGCUCGUCUAUUUUAGCUCUUAGCUUUUUCUUCAUGAUGUUCGUCGUAAAAGAGAGAUUUGCCAAAAUUAACGAUUUUAUUAGACUUCAAGUGCUAUCAGUUGAAAACAUUCAGAAACUUGCAACCAUUCAUGAUUGCUUAUCUGAAGUCAUUAAACUCAUCAAUCAAAUUUAUUCUUUCUUCUUAAUGAUUUACAUCGCUUCAUUUUUUCUCUUUUUUAAUUUAUUUUUAUUCGGUCUUGUGAUGGGGCAACAUCGCUAUCUGAAUGACAGCAAUGUUGCACUAAGGAUCAUUGCCAACAUAACGUGGAAUUUUCAUGACAUUUCUUACUUACUCCUGCUAAUCAAAUUUUCAGCAUCAGCAACUGAUGAAGGUAAAAAGACUUUGGACUUAAUUUUCAAAGCUGUCAAUGCAUCACUGGACGAGAAAUUGAGUGAGCGGUUGAUGAACUUUUCCCAACAAAUCAUAUCAAGUCGUUUGGAUUUUUCAUGCGGACUUUUCAAAUACGAUUGGUCGCUUAGCUUCAAAUUUUUCAGUGCAUCCAUUAUCUCAACUUAUUUUCAGCCAUUGAACAUUGAGAAGCAGCAUCAUUAA